AUGGAUUUCUUGAAGUCUGCAGUCGCAUCUGCGAUAUCAAAGGGACCUCCAUUUCCCUACACAUUUGGGGAUCAGGUUGAUAUAGAGGAAUCCAUAUGGAAGUUAUACAAUGGAACCAAAAGAGAAGACGGUUCUAAUUGUAGUAUAUUCUCCUUCGAUGUUAGCGCGAACAAGUCUCGAUUACCCCUAGCCAAAAAUGCAGUUAAGAAGCUUCGAACGUUGAGACAUCCUGGAGUUAUCAAAGUGCUGGACACAGUCGAGACCGACACAUACAUUUAUAUCGCUACUGAGAGAGUGGUUCCCUUGAGAUGGCAUAUCAAGAGAAAGAGCAUGAGCCCGGAGACAUUGAAAUGGGGAUUAUUUAGCAUAGCACAAACAAUUAAAUUUAUCAAUGACGAUGCAUCAUCCAUCCAUGGAAUGCUUCGAGUAGGAUCAAUUUACACAAGUGAGAGUGGGGAGUGGAGAGUUGGAGGAUUCGAGGUAUUAAGCAAUAUGAAUGAUACUGAAGCAAUUAUUUAUAACUAUGGCAGUCUUGUACCCGAUGCCAGACGAUAUACUCCACCAGAAUUGGCGAAUGCUGGCUGGGAUUCUAUCAAGAAACACCCGAUAUAUGCGACUGAUUCUUAUAAUUUUGGAGCUUUAAUUUUUGAAGUCUUCAAUGGGGACUUCACAGGGGAUGAUCAAGCCGGCCAAACGAAGAAUAUACCUCCCAGUAUGCAGUCAAGCUAUAGGCGUUUAGUUAAUAGCAAUCCUAAAGCUCGACUGAGCGUUGGCCAUUUCCUUGAGCAAGGUCGUCGAAGUGGAGGUUUUUUCGAGACUCCCCUUAUCAAGCUUACUGAAGGCGUGGAUAAUCUAGGUAUGAAAACGGAGGCUGAACGAGAAGAGUUCUUGAGCGACCUUGAUGAGCUUUCAAAUGACUUCCCGGAGGAUUAUUUCAAGAUGAAGAUCCUUCCAGAGUUACUGAAAUCUGUUGAAUUUGGGGGUGGUGGCCCAAAAGUAUUUAGUGUUGUUAUGAAGAUUAGCACUAAACUUACAGAUGACGAUUUUGAGGCAAAAGUCACACCUGUCGUCGUUCGGUUAUUUAGCAGUCCUGACAGAGCUAUUCGGGUGUGUCUUUUGGACAAUCUUCCACUUAUGAUCGAUCGACUACCACAGAAAGUGGUCAAUGAUAAAAUAUUUCCCCAAAUGGUCACUGGCUUUACAGAUCUCGCACCGGUAGUACGAGAGCAGACAGUCAAAGCAGUAUUGACAAUUAUUGGGAAAUUAUCAGACCGAACAAUUAAUGGAGAAUUGUUGAAAUAUUUAGCCAAAACUUCUAACGAUGAACAACCUGGCAUUCGAACAAACACGACAAUCUGUUUGGGCAAGAUCGCCAAGAAUCUGGGAGUUAGCACGAGAUCAAAGGUGUUAAUCGCCGCUUUCACAAGGUCCCUUCGCGAUCCAUUCGUUCAUGCUAGAAAUGCAGCCUUAUUAGCAUUAGCUGUUACAGCUGACUCAUUCAGCGAUGAUGAUUGCGCUAAUCGCAUAUUACCGGCGUUAUGUCCUUGUCUAAUAGACAAGGAAAAACUCAUUCGAGACCAAACAAACAAGACAAUGGACGUUUACCUGCAGCGUAUUCGCAAAUCUGCUGCCACAAUGCCUGAUACUGCCUUACCACCACCCACCACAGGCGAAGCUGCCUCGUCAUCUACACCCCGAAUGAGUACGCCACAGCCUAGUGAUGCAGGUACGUCAUGGGCAGGCUGGGCUAUUUCUUCAUUCACCAAUAAAGUAGCUGCUGCUACAGGUGAAAUUCAACCACCAAGUGGUGCCGUGACUCCAGAAACACGUCCGGCAUCAGCACGACAAGAAAAUGAAGCUCGCCAUUCAACCAAGUCUGCAUCGGCUUUGCAUCGAAAAGCUGUGACUUCACCAGCUGUUGCCUCAGCUAACACGCCUUCGGCCAGUCACUCUUAUUUCGAAGAUGCGAACGCAGGAGAGGACGAUAUAGAAGCAUGGGGUGACAUGGAAGAGGAUUCCUUCUUUGAUGCUCCUAGCGAAUCGGCAUCAAAAAAUACUAUUGCCCCAUCUUCGACUACAACCCCCUUCGAAGAUAAUGGCGAACCGGAUUUCGCGGGUUGGUUAGCAGCCCAACAAAAGAAACCAGCUCAAAAGUCAUUACCAAAAGGUUUGGCCAAGCCCGCAGCGAAAACAAACGGAAGACCUUUAUCAUCGUCAAGAACUACCACAACCAGUUCUUCGGGGACGAAAAAAGCAACUCCUGUAGCGACUAAGCCAGUUGUGGCUAAGAAAAUAGAUACAGCUCCAAAAGCUACAGAUGAGGAUGCUGAUUGGGGAGAUGGUUGGUAG